UCACCAGGUGGAGCCAAAAUUCGAUCAUGUGUUUGUUUGUUUUGAUUUUGAUUCCAAAACUGUUUUGUUAAUUAUUACGUUUGUAUUUGAUUGUUAAUGUGAUCUUAUAAUUAGUAAAUUGUUCGGAAAUCGAUAAAUGAUUGCAAAUUAGAAGAAGAUUCGUUCACCUGUCGCCUGUUUAAUUGUUAUCUAAUUUAUAUGAAACAGAAAGAAAUCUCGAGUAAAUAGAAUUGUAAUCUUUUCUGGUUAAAGAGACUUUGAUAGUUUCUUUUAACAGGCCGAAUAAUCUUGGUAAAUCUAUUCGACUGGAAAUCUUUUCUCUCAUGGACAAGAUCAUUUCAGCUUUAUCUUGAUUGUUGAUCUUUUCCAUGUGCACCUUAUGAAGAUACCAUUGGAUAUAAAGGUCCAAGUGAAUUAGUUUCAAUUUGUUGGUUAACUUAUCGAUUAGUUUUACAGUUGAUUGAUUGACCAUUUUAUUUUUAAUUUUUUUUUCUGUUUGGAAUCGUAACCUAAUCAAACUAAAGUGAUUUGAAGAUGAUCUUCAAAAAUUCAUUCAAAGUGAUCGUACCAAUAAUCAAAAGGUUUCAUCAACAAAUUUCAGUGUUCCGAUGUUACUCAAGUAAAACUAAUUUAUUGGAAAUACCAAUUCCAAAGGUAUUAAUUAGCAAAGCCAAUGGAGCUCAAACCAGUCGAUAUGAAGCCUUAAUUGAUGAAUUAAAUCAACUUCAUGAGAUUUUAAAUGAUACAGAAUCUAAUUUAGAGGAACUGGUUAAAGAGGAUCUUCGUAAAUUACAUGGAAAGUUUUUAGAUCUUCAAAAUGAUAUUGUUGAUACUUUAGUUCGAGAUGAAUAUUCAAACGUCAACGAAUGUCUAUUGGAAAUCAAAGCGGGAGUCGGUGGUCAAGAGGCCAUGUUGUUUGCCGCUGAAUUGUUACAAGUGUAUCUUAAGUAUAUCAAAUGGCAUGGAUGGUUAAUAUCAAGUGUCGAAGAUGAUUUAAGUGAAUUGGGUGGAUUGAAACACGCGGCAUUAACUGUAAAAGGUUUUCAAGCGUUUACAUUUCUCCGUCAUGAGGCCGGUGUCCAUCGGGUCCAAAGAGUCCCACAAACUGAAAGAAGUGGACGUAUUCAUACAUCAACAGCUUCUAUCGGCAUUUUACCAUUUCGUCAGCUUGGUAAAAUCGAGCUCAAGGAUAGUGAUUUAAAAUUUGAUGCAACAACUUCAUCUGGUCCAGGAGGCCAAUUUACGAAUAAAAUUGAAACCUGUUGCCGAGUUACCCAUUUACCGACAAAUCUUCAAGUUGUUUGCCAAGAAACAAGAUCAUUUUUGGAAAACAAGGGACGAGCCUUACAGCGAUUGAAAAACCUUUUGGCUCGAAGGGAAAACGAACUUCAUUACGCCAAUUAUCAGAAACUAAGGAAAGAUCAAUAUGGUGACUCGGGUCGAAGUGAAAAAAUUCGAACCUACAAUAUUGUUCAAGAUCGAGUUACUGAUCAUCGGUUGGGGGAAAAUUUAUACAACAUAAAGGAUUUUAUGAAAGGUGAACCGGAUAGAUUACAUAAUUUAGUUGUUAAAUUAGAGGAAAUGAGAAAACAAACUAUUUUGAAACGUCUUCUUGUAGAUUGUAAAUAGGAAAUUGAAUCCAACCGUCGAAAAUUGUAAAAAAAAGAGAUGCUAAUUCUAUAAUAAAUAUAUACCUUUCAAUAAGGAAUAUGUAAGAAGCGUA